GCGCUGUGGCUCUUUUGAAUUUCUUCGCCGAAGUUGAAGGCUCACCAUUUAUCUUCUCUGUAAUCGGAAAAAGCCACAAUGGGUAUCAAACACCUCUACCAGGUUAUUCAAGAGAAUGCGCCGGACGCAAUCAAAACCGGCGAAAUCAAGAAUCAAUUCGGCCGUAAAGUCGCUAUUGAUGCCUCCAUGAGUAUCUACAGUUUCCUCAUUGCUGUUCGCUCCGAAGGCCAGCAGCUUAUGAGUGAUACUGGUGAGACGACUUCUCAUCUAAUGGGCAUGUUCUAUCGUACACUUCGCAUGGUGGAUAAUGGAAUUAAACCUCUUUUUGUAUUUGACGGUGCUCCUCCAAAGCUGAAAUCGGGCGAACUUGCGAAGCGUUUCCAACGAAAAUCGGAGGCUAAAGAGCAGCACGAAGAAGCCAAGGAAAUAGGGACUGCAGAAGAGGUGGAGAGGUUCUCAAGGAGAACUGUCCGGGUCACCCGAGAGCAUAAUGCAGAAUGCAAAAGACUUCUGAGGUUAAUGGGUGUCCCUUAUAUUGAUGCGCCCACUGAAGCAGAAGCUCAGUGUGCUGUAUUAGCCAGGGCUGGAAAGGUGUAUGCGGCGGCUUCGGAGGAUAUGGACACGCUCUGUUUUGACGCACCAAUAUUACUCAGACAUCUCACAUUCAGUGAGCAACGAAAAGAACCGAUCCAGGAAAUCCACCUGGAGAAAGCAUUGGCAGGACUGGACAUGGACAGGAAACAAUUCAUCGAUCUAUGCAUUCUGCUGGGAUGUGACUAUGUUGAUCCAGUGCCGAAAGUUGGACCGAACACUGCUCUGAAGCUGAUACGCGAGUACAAGACCCUUGAGGGCGUCGUGGAAAGUAUCGAGAACGGACAAAAUAAGAAGUUUACUUUGCCGGAGGAUUGGCCGUACAAAGAGGCGCGUGAGCUUUUCCUUGAGCCGGACGUCCGCCAAGCCGACCAUCCAGACUGCAAUUUCAACUGGGACGCACCCGAUACUGAGGGUUUGGUUAAGUUCUUGGUUGAAGAGAAAGGCUUCAGCGAGGAUCGCGUCCGCAGUGGUGCUGCUAGAUUGCAGAAAAAUCUAAAGAGUGCACAGCAAACGAGACUUGAAGGAUUCUUCAAACCUGUCGCUAAAACCGAGGACGAGAGGCAAGCCUUGAAGAGGAAAACUGAUGCCAAAACUGAAGAGAAGAAGAAAAAACAAAAGGCCGAUAUGAAGGCUAAAAAGGAGGCUAAAGCUAAACCCCGAGGCACCGCUUAGUGCCCUUUUCAACUAAAAGGGUGUAAAGCUAGCGUUGCAUGUUGAUGGCUUUCAAUGCUUCUUAGGCGGUUUUACAUGGGAGUACCAGGCGCUUUUAUUGUGUUAUGACCGGAACAGCACAUGCAUUGAUUGAUUCUUUGCGUUCUUCGGACCUUACUUCAAUAUAUGCAAUAUUUCAAACUUUCAAUGAUACCUGACUUAGGAG